AAACAAUUUCUCCCUUCCGCCUGCUGUUUUGCUCUUUACUCUUCUGGACCAGCUGAGCUUCCCCAUUCUUCAAGAAGACAACUUGUGUUGGAUUUUAUCUAGGAAUCCAAAGCCCCUGUGGCUGUACCCAGCAGGUACUUUUUGCCCCAGGUUAUUGCUUCCUCAUCCAGUUUGCUUUAAUCUUACAAUAGUGAGGGUCAACGUAUGGUUCAUAAUGUGGCAGUCCAGGAAGCAGAUUUUAAGAACCCGCACCAACCCUUGGCAGCUCCCAUUCCCAUACAGCUGACCAGCAUGGGUCUGCGUGGGUGGUGCUGGGAACUGACUCCCAAAUGCCAUAAAUCUGACCAUUAGCAGUUUAUUAACUCAUUAACAGACAAAUGUGACUGUAUUUAUAACAGUAAAGCUAAUUUUGUUUACCAAGUGCUAAUAAUUAUCAUACUACCUAAAUCAAACCAGAAAUGUUUAUCGAAUGGUCAGCCCGUACUCUCCCCAAAAGUGAGCAUUCCUUCAAUACAGAAAGGCCAAGCAGCACUACUAAAUGUCCACUUUCACCUUAGGGUUUUUGUAUACAACCAAAUUAUCUGAACUCACAAAUGAAACCAGUAACUGGUGAUGGAUGCCCUUUACAUUUUGAACUUAGAGGUCAACUCUAAAGUGCCUACUAAUGCUUAAUCUUCUUGGGAUCUUAGACACCAACUUCAGUUUCACUUUUUUAUUUAAGCUUAGCUAUUUGCUAAAUAUUUAAAAUGAACUUUCUCUAAAGCUUUCUGCUAAAAUAAGGUUAAUAUGCAGCCUUCAAUUUAAACUUCUGGAAGGGGCCCACAAAAAUGAUCAGAUAGUUGUGGGGAAUAAUUGAUAAAGGAAAAUUAAUUCCUCGUUGGGUAAAUAUGAAGGAUUACAUUAUGUAAGUUAGCCUGGACAACUGCAUCCUUGAGAAAGAUUAGUAUGUAAUGCUUUGAAAAUAUUAUAGGCUGAUUUUUUUUUAGAUACUGGAGAGCAAAAACAGACUUGCAGAGAAAAUUAAAUGCAAUCAGCUGGUGAGAAUCUGUGUAUUACAGUUUACUGCCUGGUUUAUUAAAACAAGGGUUUUUUAAGCUAAAAAAGGCAUUUUGGUAAAUAGAAUCUCAACAAAUUAGUUUCAUAUUUUAAAUUAUGUUUAAAAUCUACACUAAUGUAUUUUUUGAAUACUAGAAUAUGCCAUUUUCUGUAAGAAGAUUUGUAUGAUCAGUGAAAGAUCCUUUUACAUUUUUAGUACUAAAAUAAAAUCUAGCUUUCCAGAAUGAGCCAGUCUUGCCCGCGUUGUUUCAGAGCCCAUCUCCAGAUGCCCGUUUUCCCCUUCAGUUCUCCCGUAAACCAGACAAUCUUCCUAAGAACUUAUCUGAAGAAAGACUUGCUAUUGCUGAGGAGUGAAUAGUUCUUAUUUCUCACAUAAAAUCAAGAGAAUUUUGAAAAGCUUGGUAUUGUCAGUAUUUCACUUUUGCUCUUCCAUACUUUAUUUUGUUGGAAAACAAACCUCAGCUAUGUCUUUCAGUGUAGCAGAACAAUCUGAGUAGUCAUAGGGGCCAGGGUUACAGAGGGUGAUGGGCAAUGCCAACGCUGCUGUCUCCGGCAGGGCAGGAUGGGAUAAAGCAGGUUGUUGUAGUGUCUGCCCAGCAGAUGUAAAGUCUGCGAAUUGAAGGAAAUAGCACAGCCUCUCAGAUGACAAGGUACAAUGAGUGCCAAGCGUGAAUGUGGCAAUUUUACACUAAAUAAACAUAACCCUGAACAAUGAAGAAACUUUACCCAGAGUAGACAACACAAAACCACUGCUGGUUUGCUGUGCAAGUCACUUCCUAUGUUACAGGUUACAUCUAUGUUACAUCUUCAUGAAAUAUUUUAAUAAUUACAGAUUUUUAAAAGUGAUUCCUUAUUAGAAACAUUGUAAAAUAAAUUACUAAAAAUCACAAGCAGUAAAGCUGAGGAUAAAGUAAGCAGGUAGUGAAAAAAAUGCAUCUUCUGAGGAAAAUUAAUUUCCUCUGAAUAGUCUGUAUGGACAUUUGCUGCGUGUACGCACCUUACUUGUUUGGGUUUUUUUCUAAUAGAAAACGCGUGGACUGACAUGAAAUAAUACUGUGCAGAUGCUCUCAAAGAAAUUCAAGCUGACCCUGGGCUUUUGCCAAGCUCUCUGAGAAAGGUCAACAUUCUGAAGUCAAACUGCAGCAUUUCACCUGCUCUAGAGGUCAAGGGAAGUGUUGCAUAAAAUGACAAAACAUCUGAGCAAAGAUUCUGAAAGCUAUUUUCAGCUUUUGGUUUCUAGGUAUUGACUCACCUUCCAAAUACUGACUUUUCCUUAACAGUGUUGUGGGGUUUUCACUAAAGUUUUGUAAACACGACUCUUCUGAACAGAAAUAUUUCAUAUCACGUAUCCUUUGCCCAAAUAUGCCUGUGUGGGGCUAGUCCAAAUGAAUAUAAAAGGCAACAGCACUGUCUCAAAACACCUCAUAAAAGCAAGCAUUUCUCGUUGAGGACAUCUUUCUCAUCUUUGCAACUUGGAAGCCCCUCUAUCAGUAAGAUCUCCCAGGAUAAGUUGUUUAAGCACUUUUAUUCUGUCCAUUGAACUAAUCUUCCCAUAACCAGCUGUGUUGCAUUAACAAAACUUUGAGCUUCCUAAGACUGAAUAACUACAGAGUUGCUGAAAGCGUUCAACCAGUUUGAAAGCUUGUGACUUACACCGUACCUGAAGGCAGUUAUUCAUGUGAAGUUGGCUUUAAAUUGCUCUCACCAGCAAUAAACUACAUUCCAGAAUCAGUGUAUUUUCAAUAUCUUAACCUCGUAUACUUACUGAUGUUUAGGAAAGGUCUGUUACAUGUCCUACCCUGGUCUUUUUUACAAGCAAUUAUGAAGUUUUGAGAGGUGUUUAUACGGUUUUAGUGUCCCAGGCACUAAAUGAUUUACCUCAGUCAUCAUCUAAAUAUAGAGCAUUUAAUCAGAUGCAGCAGGUUCUGGCUGCUCGGCGCCGGGAGCCCCUGUUGUCCAUAACCUAAGUAUUUAUAACUAGGUAAGCUUUCUGUCAUCAGAGAUCUUCUAUUUACAGGGCUUAGCACAGUAUGUUACAGACCAGAGCUCGAAAUGCCACCCGAGCGCGUCACCGGCGAGUUGCUGGGAAGAUCUCUCCGGGAGCUUCCCCCAGAUCCGACCAAGUUCGACCCGGCCAGGCAGCUCGCUCCACCUCCGCUCCCCCUCUCCCCUCGGAGAAGCGCAGGCCGCGGCCGGCCUUGCCGCCGCUUCUCUCCGCCAGCGAUCGCCAAUGCCCCGGGGCCAGCAGCCGCCGGGUCCGCCCCCUCCCCGCAGCAAGGCUGAGGCUCCCGCGGGCCUCGGGGCGCUCCGCCUUCAGCGAGGCUGAGGUUCGCCGCGGCCCAGGGCCGCCUGCCCCACUUCGCUCCGGCCCGGCCGCCUCAGCGCGGGCGGAGCGCGAUGUCCGCCUCCCCUGAGCUGCAGCGCCGGGGUGGGAGCGGAAAGGAGGUGCGGGAGCGCCCGGCCCGGCAGCCGCACCGCGCUCUUAGCCCGCGGGGCCGGGGCGCCUCACCCACCUCCCACCGCCGCCGCCACGUCGGGCUGCCCCCCUCCAACAACAUGGCGGCGGCCGACGGCCCGCCUGACGCCGGGGCCGCCGUCACGUGGCCGCCGUCACGUGCCGCCGGGACCGGAAGCGGCUCAUCCCGGUGUGGCCCGGCUGCCGUGCCGGCCCCGCGCGGGGCAGCGGCGUCCAUGGGCUGGCUGCGGGCGGCCGGGCAGCGGCUGCGGCAGCGGGCCCGGGGCGCCGAGGUGCUGCGGGAGACCUGCCGGCAGUACCCACUCUUCUGCUGCCUGCUCCUGGGGCUGGGCGCCGCCACCCUCCUCCUCAAUCGGUAUCUUCACGUUUUAAUGAUCUUCUGGUCAUUUGUGGCGGGUGUCGUCACCUUCUACUGUUCGUUGGGACCGGACUCCCUCUUGCCCAAUAUUCUUUUUACAAUAAAAUAUAAACCCAAGCAAUUAGAAUUGCCGGAGCUAUUUCCCCACGGUCACAGUUGUGCUGUAUGUGGCAAGGUCAAAUGCAAGCGGCACAGACCUACUUUGCUUCUGGAAAACUAUCAGCCAUGGCUGGAUCUGAAAGUGCCUUCCAAGGUUGAUGCAUCACUCUCGGAGGUGCUUGAGUUGGUGCUGGAAAACUUUAUUUAUCCAUGGUACAGAAAUAUUACUGAUGAUGAAUCCUCAGUGGAUGAACUGAGAGGCACGCUGCGGUUUUUUGCGUCUGUAUUAGUUCGGAGAAUUCACAAGGUGGAUAUUCCAACUGUUGUAACAAAGAAAAUGCUCAAGGCAGCAAUGAAACACAUCGAAGUGAUAGCCAAGGCCAGACAGAAAGUAAAAAACGCAGAAUUUUUACAGCAAGCUGCUUUAGAAGAAUAUGGACCAGAACUCCAUGUUGCUUUGAGAAGCCGAAGAGAUGAACUUCACUACUUAAGAAAACUUACCGAACUUCUUUUUCCUUAUAUUUUGCCCCCAAAGUCAACAGAGUGCAGAUCCCUGGCUCUUCUGAUAAGAGAAAUUCUGCCUGGUUCUGUUUUCCUUCCCUCAAUGGAUUUCUUAGCUGAUCCUGACACUGUCAACCAUUUGCUGCUGAUCUUCAUUGAUGAUAGUCCACCUGAGAAAGCAACUGAACCUACUUCUUCAUUGGUUCCAUUCCUUCAGAAAUUUGCAGAGCCAAGAAAUAAAAAACCAUCUGUCCUGAAACUGGAGCUAAAGGAGAUCAGAGAUCAGCAAGACCUUUUAUUUCGGUUUAUGAACUUCCUGAAACAGGAAGGGGCAGUCCAUGUGCUGCAGUUCUGCCUGACUGUAGAGGAAUUCAAUGACCGAAUUUUGCGACCAGAACUGUCAGAUACUGAAAAGAUGUCUCUUCAUGAGGAAGUACAGAAAAUUUAUCAAACAUAUUGUUUGGAUGAAAGCAUUGACAAAAUUAGAUUUGACCCUUUUAUUGUGGAAGAGAUUCAAAGAAUUGCUGAAGGUCCAUAUAUGGAUGUUGUGAAACUUCAAACUAUGAGGUGUCUUUUUGAAGCUUAUGAGCAUGUACUUUCUCUACUUGAGAACGUUUUUACUCCUAUGUUCUGUCACAGUGAUGAGUACUUCAGACACCUUUUAAAAGGAGCAGAGUCACCAACACGCAAUUCAAAGUUUAACAGAAGUAGCCUGAGUUUGGAUGACUUCCGGACCACGCAGAAGAGAGGAGAAUCAUUUGGAAUCAGCAGAAUAGGCAACAAAAUAAAAGGUGUAUUCAAGAGUUCUGCGAUGGAAGGAGCUAUGUUGCCGAACUAUAACUUAAAUGAAGGAGAAGAUGACUUUAUUGAAGAAGGUGUUAUGGUGAUGGAAGAUGAUUCUCCUGAGGAGGCUGUUAGUACCCCAAAUACACCCCGUAACCUUGCCGCAUGGAAAAUUAGCAUCCCAUACGUAGAUUUUUUUGACGAUCCCUCCUUGGAAAGAAAAGACAGAAAGGAGAGAAUUCCUGUGUUCUGCAUCGAUGUAGAGAGAAAUGAUAGAAGGGCAGUUGGGCAUGAACCUGAACACUGGUCUGUCUACAGGAGGUAUCUUGAAUUUUAUGUGCUUGAGUCGAAGCUGACAGAAUUUCACGGUACAUUUCCUGAUGCUCAGCUUCCUUCAAAGAGAAUCAUUGGCCCCAAGAACUACGAGUUCUUAAAAUCCAAGAGAGAGGAGUUUCAGGAAUAUCUGCAGAAACUUCUGCAACAUCCAGAACUAAGUAACAGCCAGCUUUUAGCUGACUUCCUGUCCCCUAAUGGAGGAGAGACUCAGUUUCUUGAUAAAAUGUUGCCUGAUGUGAAUCUUGGUAAAAUUAUAAAAUCUGUUCCAGGAAAGCUGAUGAAAGAGAAAGGUCAGCAUUUGGAGCCAUUCAUCAUGAAUUUUAUCAACUCCUGUGAAUCUCCCAAGCCUAAACCAAGUAGGCCUGAACUUACCAUUUUGAGUCCCACUUCUGAAAACAACAAGAAGCUUUUCAAUGAUUUAUUCAAGAAUAAUGCAAACCGGUCUGAGAAUACAGAAAGACGACAAAAUCAGAACUACUUCAUGGAAAUGAUGACUGUAGAAGGAGUCUAUGACUACUUAAUGUAUGUUGGUCGGGUAGUUUUCCGCAUUCCUGACUGGCUGCAUCACCUCUUGAUGGGAGGAAGAAUUCUCUUCAAAAAUACAUUGGAACUAUACACUGACUAUUACUUGCAUUAUAAGUUAGAACAGCUAUUUCAGGAGCACCGGUUGGUUUCUCUGAUAACACUGCUGAGAGAUGCUGUGUUCUGUGAGAAUACCGAACCUCGCUCUCUCCAGGAUAAACAGAAGCGAGCAAAGCAGACUUUUGAAGAAAUGAUGAGAUACAUUCCAGAUUUAAUAGGCAAGUGCAUUGGGGAAGAGGCUAAAUACGAAGGCAUCAGGCUUCUGUUUGAUGGAAUGCAGCAACCAGUGCUCAACAAACAGUUAACUUAUGUUCUGCUGGACAUUGGGAUCCAAGAACUCUUUCCAGAGCUGAGUAAGGGUUCGAAGGAAGCUAGUUCUGUGUCAUGUUGGAUGUGAAUGCAGGGACCUUGCUGGACACCCAGUAGAAACACCCGCUGUGCACUGUUGGAAUGGACAUGUGACAUUUUAACCUUGCAUUGUAUAUUUUCUUGUAAAUAGCAUAAAAUCUAAGUUCUAAAAAAAAAAAAUCUCUUUAUGCAAUAAAGACAUUAAAAUUUAAUACCAAUUAUAAGUAAAUAAUGUAUCUCUACUUGUAAUUUAAAAUUUGCUUUAGCUGUUACCAGUAAAAGUCAAAUUAAUUUCUCCAAAAUAUCUGUGUAGGAAAUUACAGGAUGACAUAAAAUAAGAUGGCUGGGAGACCAGCCAACGUGUGCUUUGCUAAAAGAGCAAUUACUGUUGUCUUCCUUAAAGGAUAUGUAGAAAAAUUGUUUGGAAGAAGUUGUAGAAUGCUCCCAUGAAGUUAUUUUUAACUAUCUUAACAAAUCUUACUAAAUUUUUUAAAACAAAAUUACAUGAUUGAAUCUGUUGCAUACAGAUCAUCUCAGAAAUAUCUUUGGCCUUCAUGCUUCUGGUGAGCAUGUAAAAAACCAGAAUUUAUUUAAUAUCUGACCUUCAAAUAGAAAGCACUCUUAAAAUAAUAAUGGGUAUGAAAAGUGGUUUUGACUUUUACCAUAGCCUUUAUUUUUCUGCGAUUUCUUAUCUGGAUUUGUUGGUUUUUUUCCUGACAUCAUCUUUACAGGCUUAGAAAGGAGGACGUGAGUCUGUUCAGAGCAUUUUCUAAAAAUUUAUUAGUAUAAAUGUGGAAGAUUUUUCCUGUAAGUCUUAAUUUGUUGGCCCAGCCUUUAUAAAAGACGGUUUGAAAAG